CCAACACUACCUCGGUUUCGGAAAAUUUUCCAAAAAAAAACUAUAAACAAAAUUUGUAUUUCGUUUCUUUCGGUUAAUUUGUGUCUGGACAAGCCCUCUUAUAAUGGCGGAUGACUUGCCGGAGCAGUUUGACCUAAUAGUCAUAGGCACAGGCUUCACUGAAUCUUGCAUUGCCGCGGCGGCCAGUCGUGUGGGCAAGACCGUACUCCAUUUAGACAUCAAUGACUACUACGGUAAUGUUUGGGGCUCAGUAGGAGUUGAAGACCUGAUUCGUCUGUUGGCCAGGGAUGCUGCACCACACUCGACGCUACGCAAUGGAAGCUACACCUGGCACGACGAAUCUGCUGCCACACCCACGUCAGAAUCGGAUGAGAUGAAAGUAGAGAAUGGACAUCUAUGGACGCGGGAGACAGUGCUGGCCAUGUCGCGUCGAUUCUGCAUUGAUCUCUGCCCACGCAUACUCUACUCCGCUGGAGAGCUGGUGCAGCUGCUUAUCAAGUCCAACAUUUGCCGCUAUACAGAGUUCCGUGCCGUGGAUAAUGUGUGUAUGCAACAGAACGGAAAGAUUGUUGCCGUACCCUGUUCGCGCAGUGAUAUCUUCAAUACGAAUUCGUUGACUAUAGUGGAGAAGCGAUUGCUGAUGAAAUUUAUGAAUGCGUGCAAUGACUACGGCGAGGAUAAGUGCAACGAGGAUACUCUGGCUUUUCGGGGCAGAACGUUUUUCGAGUAUCUGAAGGCGCAGCGCGUGACGGAGAAGAUUUCCUCAUGCGUGAUGCAGGCCAUUGCCAUGUGUGGCCCCAACACUAGCUUCGAGGAGGGAAUGCUGCGCACUCAGCGAUUUCUCCGCAGCCUCGGUCGUUAUGGCAACACGCCGUUUCUUUAUCCCAUGUACGGGUGUGGGGAAUUUCCCCAGAGCUUCUGUCGUCAGUGCGCUGUGUACGGGGGCAUUUAUUGCUUGCAACGAUCAGUGGAUGACUGUGUCGUAGAUGCCAAUUCAAAUGAAGUCUUAAUAAGUAGCGCCGGGACAACAUUCCGUGCGAAACAUGUGGUUUCUGCUCCUAGAUAUCUGCCAGCAUCGCGUGACUACGCGAUGCGUCCUCAUCUAUCUCGCGGCUUGUUUCUAUCCUCCAAGCCUUUGGGCAAUCAGGUGCUCAAUAAAGGCGGCGGUGGCGUUAAUAUCCUCCGUCUGAUGGACUUCGAAGGAGUCCGAGAAGCCAUAUUCAUUCAGCUCUCGCACUUUUCUGGAGCUUGUCCGAAGGGAUUGUACCUAUUCCAUCUGACUACGCCCGCUAUUUCUGAUGAUCCUUCGGACGAUUUAAGGCCAUUUACAAUGCAGCUUUUCCAGGACGCCGAUACGGAAAUCGUAUUCAGCUCUUACUUUACCCUUACUUCGCAAUCGCAACCAGAUAAAGGUGGCGCAGAUGAUUCCGUUUACUACACAGACGCGCCUAGCUACGAGAUGGAUUAUUAUGCUGCCAUUGCCAAUGCCCGAGUCAUCUUUGGUAAGCUAUACACGGAUGUGGAAUUUUUGCCACGUGCCCCAGAUGUCGAAGAGAUUGUCGUCGAUGGAGAGGAUCCAAGUGCCUUGAACGAGCAUAAUUUGCCCGAGGAUUUGCGUGCGCAGCUGCAGGAUGUGCAACAGGCGACUGAAAAAAUGGAUAUACAAGACUAGACAUAAUAUCUAUUUGAAUGACAACUACGCUUUAACCAUAGUUAAAUCUACCUUCAUCAAAACAUUAUCAAAGCACAACGACUUUAAUGUGGAAUAUACGCUUUUAACGUAAAUAAGAACGAAAGAUAUAUAUUAUACAAUGGUAUCUGUAUACAAGAUUUGUUUGCAUAUAUUACUAUAUAUUUAUUAGGUAAAUUAGUUAUAAGGUCUAAAACUACUAGUAUAUAAAUGUGAGUGCUUCUGUGCAUUU